CCACUCCAUAUCUUUCCCUCUCCGCUGAAGAUAUUCCCAGACAUGUCCCGACUCCACCAGAUCUGUCAAUAUCUCCGAGAAUGGUGGUCUGACUGUGCUUUGUUGAUGCCCGCGCGUGAUCCGGAUGAUCUGUCGGAUCAGUAUACGUUUCCGCAGGCGCGAUAUGCUGGGCAGGGAUAUCAGCAGAGACGAGCUUGAUGCCAUGAUGCCAUGAGACCACGAUGGGAAUAUCAGCGGGUGAAGCGAACAAUACUGAUCUCUUGAUUUCUGCCUAUUGUAUCUGUACUUGAGUUGAGAACAUCAUAUAUCCUAUACUGCCAGUACUACUAUGUACUACUGUUAUAUAUAAGUACCUAGGUACUUUGAUAGACAAUGUUUGAUACUCCAUAUCUC